AGUAAAUAAAUGAAGGUUAACAUAAGUAUUGGUAGCAGAUAAGAUAUGACUGUUUUAACAGUGGCCUUAUUAACCUUAAUCUGUUUAAACACAAUUAAACCCUCUAAAAAAGGACUCACAACAAUGCAGUAUUUUGCUGAUUAACAACCUGUUCACAUGUGUCAGACUAUUUCUUUGUGGUAUUGUUACCUGGACUUUAGACUUCCCAGUGUGUUCAAGUAUUUGUGACUCUUGACUCAGCUGGAAUCAUUUCUAGGUCACUCCCUCAGUCCACUGUCCUGUGUCUUGUUGUGGUGAUUAAGACUUGUGCUAAUCCUUCCUGAAGGCACUUAGCAGUCGCAUCACACACACUGUUAUCGUCCCCGCUCAAAAUAACCCGGACGGAGAGCCAGUCAAAUGCAGGUGCACGCACACCAGCCCCAGUCUGCACAUUAAGAGAGAUAGGAAGUCAGAUAAUACCUCACAGCUCCUCCAUCUUGUCACCAGAGCAUGGUGUCACAGUGUUUUUCUCUCCGGUAACUCAGUGUGAAGACAGAUGGACAGAGUUCAGAAAUGAAUCACUCGUCAUCUGUUAAAUAAAAUGCAGCUCACAAGGUCACUGAUAACAAAGGAGAGAUUAAACCUGGCUUGAAUACCAGCUUUGUCACACUGGUAGUGUUAGAUUUUAAAUCUUCUUACAGCUGGUAAUGAUCACUCUCGGGUUUGAUUUUUAAUGCUUUAACCCUACCAGGCUGUCUUUUAGCACUCACACAGACACGUACCUGCACAAGAGCUGUCUAUAAAUACCUUUUUAAAGCUGCAAGACUGUAUUGCAGAGGCUUUUUAAUAUCUUGAAAUGAGCUUCUUUUUGCUUUAUUGAAUUAUGGAUUUUUGGCACAUUCUCUGUUAAUUGUUAUAAAUUCUCACCGUCCAGGACUGUGAUUGGGCUGUAGCUUUUUCUGGAGAUGACCUUAUGUUAUGCCAAGUUUUUGUCCUAAGCACUUAGACUUUGAACUGAAUUUUUAUGACUAAUAAUAUGAAUCAUCCUUGUUGCAUUCUUAUUGAUGUUGUAAGAAAAAAAUGUGUUACCAAAGCUUGGAGUUGUGACUAUCAGAUUUUAUUUACUGUUUUGCUUGAGAGGAAGCAAUCUAGAGAGGCAACGUAAGGAAAUCCUUCAUAAAGUAAUUCAACUGUAGAUGAUGCCAAAACAUCCUCCAUGUACGCUGAAGCAUGUGGCCUGUUAGAUCCUGGUUUGAUUUUGGACCUCCUGUACUUAAAAGUAGCUCUGUUACCAGUCUCAGUAUCUGGGACCUGUGUGUUUUCACUGUCCACAUGUCGUUAAAAUCCCAUUCCCUUUUUUUUUUUUUUUUUUUAAAUUAAGUUUGUUCACCUGUGCUUGUUGUGCUUUAUCACCGUGCAACUAUAACUCUAUUUAAUUUAGAUGUUAUACAACAGCUUCUGCUGACAGUAAUAAUUCACUUAAAUUUUCAUUUAUCUGCAAUUGCUGCCUUUUAGGAUUAAAGAUUUUGCUGUUGUUGUACCAUGACAGCAAAUCAAUAUGCAGUCACUUGAACUGGAGUGGAUGAAGGUUGAUAAAAACAAGGGAAGAAAGUAGUUGAACUCUUUAAAUACCAGCAGCUGCCCAGAUCUAUAAAUCAUGCCUUUUGUUGUGCAUUUGAAAAAAAAAGGUUAAAAUGGCAUGUUUACAAAGUUGGUAGUUCAUUUUUAAGCAAAGUGCUACGCAUUCCCUUUCUGUAAUGCUGCUCAGCAUCAUUUAUGCUUGUAGGAAAAGAAAGUAAUUAAUAUUCCAUUGAAGAACUGUUAGAAUAGUAUAGACAUAUUUUUGUUUUCUUUCUAAUAAAACUAAUGAAAAAUGUGCAGGACAGGAAAAAAGCGAACGCCAUUAUGUGUCAAUAAGCAGCUCAAAUCUAUGUAUCCACUGAGACACCAAAACCAUUUUCUACUUAACUUUUUGGGACACUCAAGAGUAUAGUUUUAAGAUAAGAUAUACUUAACUGAUCCCCAGAGGGGAAAUGCAAGUACGAUAGUGCAAAUACUGUACUAUAAUUGACUACUAAGGUAGUUUGAGGAAACAUUGGACCUUUAUUCCAAACUUUUGCUACCACUAUUAAAAGCUGCCUACGUUUGUAUAAAACACAAACAUCUGGUCUGUCUUUUCAGUGUUUAGAUCUGAUCAGUAACCAGUGAUGUUUAGAUGCUAACAGCCACUUCUUGCUGUGAUUUUAUUCUGAACAUAUUGUACAAGAUAAAGCAGGCUCUGUCAUUGAGUAAGCUUUGUUUCCGUUGUGUCGUCACACAACUGCUCAAUUUUAAAUGGGCUGAUGUCACAAAACACUUCCAGGCAUUACAUUUGUAAAGCCAGUUAGAGUUUUGUGACCUCACAGUUGUCAAACAGAAAUAAAAAGACAGCGAAGUAAGAAUAAAAUGCAUUACAUUGUAUUCUAAAAUACACUUAAGUGAUCAAGACAGUGGAGAGUAAAACAAUAGUUCAAUGUUUUGGGAAAUACACUUUGCUUAGAAAGAAGACAGUAAGAUGAGAAGACUGAUAUCAGUGUCAUACUACUGCUUUUAAGUUGUACUGAUCAAUAUUCUUAUGUCAGCAAGUACCUAAUCACUGCCAGUAAUGUUAAAGGAUCAGGUGUUAGUGAUAAACCCUUGUAGAAUUAUCCCGUCUCUGCAAUUUUCCUCAGCUGGACAUAGCAGUUUACCUUUUUGUAGCACAUUGCUUUGAUUUUAUGGCCCAGAGCUUUACUGUUUACUGUUUUCUUCUUGUCAACAUCACUUUUAGCUGCAGCAGGAAGAGUUUUGUUAGCAAACCACUGUGCACUGCAUUCUAAGCACCAAACAGCAGACAGAUUAAGUUAGCGACUAGCUAGUGAAUGUCAUGGGGCAUUUAGCAGCUGAAGAGCCCGAUAUUUCGCUGAGGAGUUGAUGGAGAGCAAAACAGAGCAAAAAUAAGGGUGAAUACGAAGCUAAUAUUUCACAUGUGACCAGAAUCAAAUCUCCAAAUAAAUGCUAAUGUUGCUACAUAGGCCACUGUUUACAUGCUGCUUACACAUUGGACACAGAAGUUUUAUAAUGUGUCAGUUUUGUGUCUACAGCUUGUUUUGGAACCAAGUGGCUAAAAAAUAAUUAAUGCUGCCUUCAGAACAGAGCCAGAGUCCAGACAUGUUUAGCUGGCUAAAAAAAUGGAAGCAGGGGGAAAGCAUAGAUGUAUAAAAAAUAACUAAACCUGUCAACAGUUUUACAGACACCUUUUCACAGUGGUGGUCUAUGGGGAAAAUGCUUUUUUGGCCACAGGGGAUUUUUUUUUUUGGUGCAAUACCGCAAGUGGCCACAGGGGAAGAAUUGAAAGCAAGGCUGAGCUGCAUUGCUGGGGGCUCGGGGCCCUGAGGGCCUGGGGGAAAGGACUAACCAGGAAUGUAUUAAUGCCAAUUUGAGGUAUUAGGGGUUACUGCUGUUUUUUAUGUUGUCGUUCUUAGCAGUGAGCAGAGGUUAAGGUUUUGGUCUCUAUACAGGCAUAAUGGCACCAAACCUGACUCCCUCACCCUGAUGACAAGACUACGAGAGGCAGCCCACAAUCACUGCGCCAAGCUUUUGUUCAUCAAGAAAAAGUUAAAAUGUGCUCCUCCUUCUAGAGAAUUUAAAGAAAUGCAAUUUAAUGCAUUAAUCAGUGGUGUGUUUUUGAAUGUAGGAUGGAGUCCAAGCUAGCCGUUUCCCCCUGCUUCAGUCUUUAUGCUAAACUAGCUAAACACGUCUGUCAUGAGAUAAAUGUUUAUCUUCUCAUCUCACCCUUGGAAGUAAAGCACAAAAAAAUGAUGAACUGAUUCUUAAACAUUGCUGGCAGUGAUGUGAGCAGGCUAAGAAGAAGCAGAAGAACAUCCACUACUUUUAAAUUGUCUAUUUCAGGAAAUAUACUUGCUCUAUUCUUUUAAAUACCACAUAGUCCUGUGAGGUACCCCUACAUACUCAGAAGCCUUACAGUAGCUGUACUUACGUGCUUGCAGUUGUCAAGUCAAACAAGUUCCCACCAGUUUCCUAUUGAUUUUUGAUGCAGAGUGUAUAAAACUGUAGUGUGUGAAUGGUUAUAUGUGCAGGUUACUCUUCCAUCACACAGCAAACCUGUUAACCUGUUACUAAACUGCACAAAUCUCAUCGCAGAACUGAUUCGAAGACAACCCCUCACAUUUGCUGAGACAAUCAUUUGUGUCUGUGUCCAUCGGCUCACCACGGUCAUUAGUGUCUUAAUGUGUUGUUUUUCUUUUUCUAUACUGAACCACAAAUGUCAAGCCUUUGGUCAGGUUGCCCAGUUAGCUUUUACCCUGGUGGGAAAACUAUGGGAUGGUUGCCGCGGCAGAAUGCCCCAAACUGUUGUUACAUGGUGCUUGAAGGCUACAUGUUGUUGCUGUUUUUGUAUGUUGUUGCAUAUUUUCCAGACUUAGGAACUGUGGGAAAUAAUGACUGCUGCUGCAGGUCAAAUGACGUUGGUAAUUUUUUCUUCCUUUUCCAUAUCUAUCUCCUCGCACUCUCCCAAUCCCCUGAUCCCCCCUCCCCUCUUCUCUCUUUCUUCUCCAAUCAGCUCAGUAGAAUCCCCAUUUAGAGACUCUUUAACACCUCCAUCAAUGUCACUUACUUUUUGUUCUGCACAGUAAAGUGUAGAAUUUAAAACGUACUGUCAGUCACACAUAAAGCAUUCGCCUUUUUAAAUGUAAAGUUAAAAUCCUUUUCACCCCAUCCAAGUCAUAAACAGUUCAGUAUUUUUUACAUUUGUAACUAAUGCUAUAGCACUUUAAAUGUGCAUGCGUGUCCAUUUUUCUUUUGCUGUGUUUUCUUUGGUGGAAUAGGCAGCAUCAAUGAGCUCGAUAAAUGUACACUGAGCUACAAUCAGUGAAUUUUAUUCUGAGAGGAACACCACUCCUCCCUUCUUUUCCUUCCCUGCCCUCUGUUUUGGCUGACAGUCUCAUUGCACAUGACACAUGUUGACCUACAGUAGACAUACAUCCUCACAUACACACACACACACCUGCAUUAUGAUAACCCAUAAUACCAACUUGCCUGUAUACACCCACAUGUACUUAAUGAACAAACACAUACACAUUCACGGCUGCUUCAGAUUUAGAAAAAUUGUGUCUUCUACUCUUUAGACUUGAAAUAAUAUUGAAUUCCUCAUCAGGAAUCAGUGAGCCGACAUAGUAAGAUGUAAUGCAAGGUGCAAGCAAUGCAGAAAGAUUUGAUUAUGUCAUGAACUUUCUGAAAAAUAUGGCAGGAAACGAGUACGUGGGUUUCAGCAAUGCCACAUUCCAGUCAGAGCGUGAGUCAGGAGACAGGAACUUUGCCAUUGGCUACUACCUGAAAGAAAAAAAGUGUUUCCCAGAGGGAACAGACAUGACAUCUGUACUGGACUUCUACUUUCAACUGUGUUCCAUUGAAGUGACCUGUGAGAGCGCCAGUGUCAUGGCAGCCACCCUGGCUAACGGCGGCAUCUGCCCAAUCACAGGCGAGCGUGUGUUAAGCCCCGAGGCAGUGAGGAACACUUUGAGUCUCAUGCACUCCUGCGGCAUGUACGACUUCUCAGGACAGUUUGCUUUCCAUGUCGGCCUGCCAGCCAAGUCUGGAGUAUCGGGAGGGAUCCUGCUGGUUGUACCAAACGUGAUGGGUAUUAUGUGCUGGUCACCUCCUCUAGACAAGCUGGGCAACUCAGUCAGAGGAAUACAGUUCUGCACGGACCUUGUGGAGCUUUUCAACUUCCACAACUAUGACAACCUGAGGCACUUUGCCAAGAAGCACGACCCUCGCAGAGAAGGAGGGGACCAGCGGGUCAAGUCUGUCAUCAACCUGCUGUUUGCUGCCUACACAGGAGAUGUCUCCGCACUGAGGAGGUUUGCACUGUCAUCCAUAGACAUGGAGCAGAGGGACUACGACUCUAGAACGGCUCUCCAUGUGGCAGCAGCUGAAGGACACACAGAGGUGGUGCGCUUCCUCCUGGAGGCUUGCAAGGUGAACCCAGUGCCCAGAGACAGGUGGGGGAACACACCACUGGAAGAAGCUAUGCAUUUUGGCCACCACGAUGUGGUCACCAUCCUGCAGAACUACCAGGACAAAUAUAGCCCGCCUGCCAGCGCUAACGACAAGGAGAGCGCAGAGAAGAGCCUGGACAGCUUGCUGUAGACCUGCUGCACACAUCUACAAUACUUUAGGUUUAUAUGCACACAGUGAAGCAUUGUACUUACCUGGAAUCACUUUGUACAUUAGUGACCAUAUUUUUGAAAUGUGUUAUGAAUUAGUUAUCGUUGUUAUGUCUCAUCUGGUUUGCUUUGCUUCUGGCUGUACAUCACUGCUCUUCAUAUCUCUCCCUCACCUCCAUCAUAAUGCAAUGUGUAUUGUAUGUGUGAGUGAGCACUUCAUCAAUACUGUUUAAACAAAUGAUACAAUAUCUGGAUAUCUGUAAUGCAGUGUUUACAGAAUAUUACUCAUGUAAAGUGUCGGUACUCUAAAUCACAUUUGUGGUACUAAAGUGUAUUAGUUUAGUUACUGUAUAGUUAAUGUUAUACUACUCUCUACCUGGAAAUAUUUGGGUUAUACUCUGAUUGUAUUAGUUUUGUGAGUCAGUGAGGUGUGUGGAAGUUAUGAUAUAAACUUUAUAAUGCGUCUAUGAUUGUGUAAAUGUGUAACUGCUCACAGGCAUCAUGCUGACUCUGCAGUUAUGUGCCUGUUUGAUCUCCAUAUAGCUGCAUCUAUUGUUCUCCUGACUGUUGGGAGGUCAUCAGCAGGUUUUAUGAAGCUUCGUCUCCUUUGAGGUCAUUGAAAGACUGUACUCCAAAUGUAUUUUUUCAGUGGCAACAUUUGCAAUAGAAGCACUAUGUAUUUAUUUCACAGAGAGACUUUUUAAAGAGUAAAAUUCAUCUAAAGAUGUAAGAUUGUGUAAUUUGUUGCAUCUGAGAUAAAGGGAAGUUGGUUCUUUAUUUUUGUAGUCAUAGUUACAUUUUUCUGUGUAUGUUGCUCAUUUUUAAACACAUAAUGUUAAUAAGAAGGUGGUUUAUCUGCUUUCCCCCUACAUCCUCCACCCAUUCCUGUCAACAAUGCCAGCAACCAAAGACCUGCCCAAAUUUUAAAAUUCUCUGAAUCUAGAUGAAGAAUACCUAUUUUUGCAAACUGGCUUCAUUAUAUAGGCGUCUAGGACUGCACCAGGGCUGUGACUAAAGAUUAUGAUGCUAAUUAUUUCCUCGAUUAAUCAGUUAAUCAUUAUGUCAAUAACAUGUCAGAAGUAGUGAAACAUGCCCUGUGUAAUUUUCCACUGCCCUUGGUGAUGUCUGUUAUGUUUUAUCUGACUAAAAAUCAGAAGAUAUGUAGUUUAUUAUUAUGUAUGACAAAGAAAAGUGUCAAAGAAGCAGAAAACCAGCAAAUGACUGGCAUUUUGGCUUAAAAAAUUAUUAUUCAGUAAUCACAAUGGUUGCCAAUUAAUUUUCUGUCAAUCGACUAAUCAGUUAAUUGUUGCAGCUCUAACCAUCAUGCUGUUGGGUUUUCCUGCUCAGAACAAUUUCAUCAGCACAAGGACAAUUUCUAAAACUUUGACAGCUAUCAGUCUGAAUGGACUUCUUGCAAUAACUCUUCAGUAUUCUCAUAUUACCUAUGCACUAGAAAGUUAUUUCCAAAUGGUCUUUCACAUACAUCUAAUCCAAAUCAAAGUCUAUGGCUUUACUGUAAGAAUGUACCAGAUUUUCCCCAGUGACAUUUAUUUUGAAAAAGUAUAUAAAUAUGAAUAAUGCAUACUGUGCAAUGACCUUGACUUGAAUUAAACAAAUUGUGUCAACACACA